AUGGCGUGUUUACGUAGAUUUAUUUCUAGAAGCGGACUACCAUCACAUAUUUGGUCCGAUAAUGGUACUAAUUUCGUCGGUACUCAACGAAUAUUGCGUCAAUAUUAUACAGCGCAACGUACUGGUCAUACAGUACAUGAAGAUUUAGCGUCCGAAGGUUUACAAUGGAUUUUUAUACCACCAGGAGCRCCCUAUUUCAGCGGUCUACGGGAAGCGGCAGUAAAAUCUUCAUGCCUCAAUUCAAGACCUCUUACUGCCUUAUCUCCUGAUCCAUCCGAGUAUCGAGUGUUGACACCCAAUCAUUUUCUACUUGGAGGGUCUUCAGAACUUUUACCASAGCCUGACGUGACCGAUGUUCCUAGCAAUCGUCUUAAGAAGUGGAUAAUGCUUCAAAAGCUCCAACAAGGGUUCUGGCGAAGAUGGCGAUGA